AUGACAACAACAACAACAACAACGAAUGCAUUCAAAGCGUCAUCCUCCUCGUCCACAUUGACAACCACAUCAUCAUCGGAAUUCACUCCAUUGCAACAACGAUACAAGGGAGUCAACACCAUGAUUUCCGGAGUGUUUUCUGGAGCCAUGGCCAAUUUUGUUCUCCAUCCUUUGGAUUGUAUCAAGAUUCGAAUGCAGGCCAAUGAUCGAGGAGUGAAGAGAACGACGUUUGUGGGUUUCCAAGAUUUCAUUAAGGUCACAAAAUUGAUAUAUUUGGAGGAUGGAUGGAAAGGGUUUUAUAGAGGAUUAAGUAGUGCCAUGAUUGGAGCUGGUUUGGCAUGGGGAUUAUAUUUUACCAUAUAUAAUUCAAAAAAACAUGAAUAUGAAAAAGAAUAUGGAGUCAAUCAAGUUCCAACCCUUCAAUUAACGUUAUGUGGAUUGCAAGCAGGUGUCGUGACCAAUCUAUUGACACAUCCCAUUUGGCUGAUCAAAACACGAUUACAACUUCAAAAUUCAGUAUCUGACACUGUACAUACAGCAUCAACAAAUUCCCAUCAUUUACAAAAUAUUAAAUAUAAUGGAAAUUGGGAUUGUUUACGAAAGAUUAUCAAAUAUGAAGGAGUCAGAUCACUCUAUAUUGGACUCACACCAAGCAUGUUGCUCAUUUCACAUGGAAUUAUUCACUUUGUGUGCUACGAUCGAAUGAAAUCUGUUUAUCUCAAUUACAAGAAUGAAAAACGUCAAGAAUCACAAGAAGGUUCUUCUCCUACUCUUUAUCACCUUAAUGGAACUGAAUCUUUUAUUUUGGGAUUUUUAGGAAAAGGAAUAGCUGGAUUUGUGACCUAUCCUCUUCAAGUGGUUAAAACUCGUCUUCAAGAUAAGAGUAAUUAUUAUCAUCAAGAACGAUACAAGAGUUUCUCAGAUGCUCUUGUGAAAAUUUACAAACAUGAAGGAUAUAAGGCAUUCUUUAGAGGAAUUGUUCCACAUGUGCUGAAAGUGUCUCCCAAUGGAGCCAUUGUUCUCAUGUUGAAUGAACAAAUUAUGAAAUUGUUGUUUUUGGCAGAAGAGAGAAACUUUAAACAAAAUCAUGCUUGA